CAGAAUAGAAUUUAAAAUUCAAGUUUUUUUUAUUAUUUUUAAUGAUUAAUUUUGCAUCAGGCAAAGAUGAGGAGCAGGUAUUAUUACGAAUAAUAAGGCUAAAAAUACCUGAAACUAUGGGAAAAAUUCCACUUUUUGGAGCGACUACUAUGAUUCUAUUUGACGUAAAACGAAGUUAACCGAGUAUUUUGGUACAAGUCCGAGGUUUGGUUUCUCAAAGGUUACAUUUAAGGUUGUUUAUAAUAAUUAUUUAUUCAAUUACUAUUGUUUGAUUGUGUCAUUUAUUUAUACAAAAAUGUAUAUAGAGUGAAAUUAUUACAUGUCGAAAAGUAUUUGGUUAACAUUCACUUCAAUCAUUUAGUUAAAAAAUGUUUAUUUUUAUGCGACCCUGAGGAGUUUGGGAAAAUAAGGAAAUAUGGAUUCUUUCUUUAGUUUGUUCGACCCAGGGUCUUGUAGUGAUUGUUCAAACAAUCAAGAAUUUGCUCUGGAUAACAUGAAUAAUCAGACUUCUUUGCCUCCAGAACCUCAGCUUGGGAACGUUGAAUAUAAAUUGAAGAUUGUUAAUCCGACAAAACAAAGAUUUGAACACUUAGUUACUCAGUUAAAAUGGAGACUGCGUGAAGGUAAUGGUGAAGCCAUUUACGAGAUUGGGGUAGAGGACAGUGGUAUCUUGGCAGGCCUUUCCAAAAGAGAUAUGAAUGCUAGUCUUCAAUCGUUGCAGCAGAUGGCUGUUAAAUUAGGAGCAACAACCACGAUAUUAAGAGAACGAAUUCUAGAUAAUGGUCGAAGUGUAGCUGAAGUAUUGGUUAGAAAAAUACCAGAUGAUCAAAAUAACAUUGAAAUACGGGUGGCUGUUCUGGGGAAUGCUGAUGCUGGUAAAUCCACUUUAUUGGGAGUUUUAACUCAAGGAAGUCUGGACAAUGGCAGUGGGCGGGCUCGCUUAAAUAUGUUCAGACAUUUGCAUGAGAUUCAGAGUGGUCGGACGUCGUCAAUUUCUCAUGAGAUUCUAGGAUUCAAUUCUCAGGGACAGCCAAUUAAUUACAGUUACAGUGAACUAAUAACUGCAGAAGAAAUCUGUGAUUCCUCAACUAAAUUAGUUACGUUUUUAGAUCUUGCUGGUCAUAAAAAGUAUCUAAGAACCACUAUUCAAGGACUUUCCGGUUAUUCUCCACAUCAUGCAAUGCUUGUAAUAUCUAGUACAGCUGGAGCAGUUGGUAUGGCGCAUGAGCAUUUGGCAAUAGUAGUUGCCCUCAAUGUACCCUUUUUUAUUGUGAUAACUAAAAUUGAUUUAGUACAGCCCACCAGUACACUUCAGAGCCUUGAAUCAUUCUUAAAACAAGUUGGCAGUAGGCGAGUUCCAUUGAUAAUUAAAAGCUUGGAUGAUGUCAUUACUGCUGGAGCAAAUCAAUUAACAGAAAAUGUUGUUCCUAUUUUUUGCGUAUCUAGUGUGAGUGGCGAAGGAUUGGAAUUGCUUUUGAAAUUUUUACAUGUAUUGCCACCAGGAAUAAGCAUUAAAGAAAAAGAACGAUUGGAACAGGAGUCUCCAGAAUUUCAUAUUGACGAGAAUUUUAAGGCUGGCGACGUUGGUCAAAUUCUUGGAGGCCUGCUAACCAAGGGAGUAAUAACUGAAGGCACCAAAAUGCAAAUUGGUCCAAUGAAGGAUGGUUCCUUUCAGAAUGUUAUGAUCAAAUCGAUUCACCGCAACAGAGUACCAUGUAGAAUGGUACGUGCAGGACAGAGUGCUGCCAUAUGCCUUAAUACCUAUGUAUCUGGCUUAAGAAAUGGUAUGGUACUGUUAAGUUCAGAAGAGAACGCCAAGGGUUGCCUAUAUUUUCAAGCUAGUGUAUCAGUACUAUUCCAUGCCACAGCUAUUUAUCCUGGUUUCCAAACGACUGUUCAUAUUGGCAAUAUUCGGCAAACGGCAGUUGUAAUUGGUAUUUGUUCAUCAACUUGCAUCCAUACCAAUGAGCGCGAUUCUGUAUUGUUCAAAUUCAAAGUACAUCCCGAGUAUGUUUCAGUAGGCCAGAGACUACUCUUCAGAGAAGGAUCUGCUAAAGGUAUAGGUGAAAUCACUCAAAUUUUCCCUCUGUAGUCAGGAGUUUUGUGAAACCUAAAUAAUUUAUUUUCAUUGUUGAAUUAUUGCAACUUUUUAUACAGUUUUAGUGAUUACGAUAAAAUCGAUUGAUUAUUAUAAAUUCUUUAUUUUAUGUAUUUACUGAUAUUAAUCUAGUCAAAUAUAAUUAUUUUGCUAAUUCAGGCAUAAUUA